UCACACCGGUCGGUCUUGCUGGACCCUUGGGCCUCGCUUCUCUCUCUUACAGAGCCAUUUCAAUACGGGGGAGGAACUGUUCCAGUGAUCGCCAUUUUCAUCCCAUUCAGGAAUUGAAGUGCCCAUCAUGGCCACUUACAAAAGCAGGGCUCGCAGGAGGAGGAAUCAGAGCGACCACACCAGCAUUUUCUCUUCCUCUGCAACAACAAACUCUCCAUUGCCGCCGGACCUCCAUAAGGAGAAGCAUCAGCAAGAGGAGGAAGUAACUAUUUCUGGGGCUGCACAAGGCAAGGGUCCUGAUCUACAGACAGUUUUUGGAAGGUUCUGGAAAGUGGCGACUCCUUAUUGGUCGUCAGAUGACAAAUUUCAAGCAAGAUUACGGCUUGCUGCUGUUUUCGCUCUGACUCUCGCUACCACUGGUAUCAGCGUGGGCUUCAAUUUCCUUGGGCGAGACUUCUAUAAUGCACUUGCCAGCAAGGACCAAGAGCAAUUCACGAAGCAGCUGCUUUACUACUUGGGUGGCUUUGCUGGAGGAAUCCCGUUUUUUGUAAUGAGAGAUUAUGCAAUAGAAACUCUUUCUUUGAGAUGGAGGUCUUGGAUGACGAGCUAUUACAUGGAACGCUAUUUUAAGAAUCAGACUUCCUAUAAGAUUCAGUCACACUCUUCCCUUGAUAAUCCAGACCAGCGACUUGUUGAUGAUCUGAAAUCUUUCACUGAAACAGCUCUCUCAUUCUCUCUGACUCUCUUUAAUGCUGCCAUAGACUUAAUCUCAUUUAGUAACAUUUUGUAUCACGUCUAUCCUCCUCUCUUUGUUGUUCUUCUCAUAUACUCCAUCGGUGGGACAGCUGUCAGUGUUUUACUGGGAAAGGGGUUGGUGACUUUAAAUUUACUGCAAGAGAAAAAAGAAGCAGAUUUUCGUUAUGGGCUUGUAAGGAUUCGAGAAAAUGCUGAAUCAAUUGCUUUUUACGGUGGUGAAGACAGUGAAAUGCAAAUUCUUCUGAACAGCUUCAGAAGUGCCUUUGAAAAUAGAACUCAAUUGCUGAUCUCUUCUAGAAAUCUGCAGUUCUUCACCAAAGGCUACCGCUAUCUUAUUCAAAUUCUUCCUGCUGCUGUUGUAGCGCCCAUGUAUUUUGCUGGAAAAAUCGAGAUUGGUGUGAUCAAUCAGUCUAUCUCUGCUUUUAAUCACAUCCUUGAGGACUUUUCCCUUAUCGUGUACAAGUUUCAAGCUUUAAGUGCAUUUUCUGCUGUUAUUAAUCGGCUUGGUGAGUUUGAUGAUGUCUUGGACAGAAGCGGCAGCUCUAAAUUACACUCCAAUACCAUAGAAGAGAUAUUUGUUACUUACAAAUGUUCAAAUAUAUCAUCUAUAUUGGAAUCCAAUGGAUUGAUGAACCUCCAAGAAAAAAUUGACACAUUGUUGGAGAUAAAAAAUUUGACCUUGAAGACACCAACUGGAGCCACACUUAUUAGGGAGUUGUCAUUAACAAUCAAGGGAAAGGAUCAUAUACUGAUAAUUGGACCAAGUGGAAGUGGCAAGACUUCUUUAUUAAGAGCUAUGGCUGGCCUAUGGAAGACUGGAACCGGAAAAAUCUCAUAUUGUGAGAAAAAUGGAGAAGAUUCUCAGCAACCCAUUUGUUCAGAUGUGAAUGCUCCUACCUUAAAUACUGCUCAUGGUGCGUGUGAAAUGGACGGAAAAUCUGUAGAGAACAACUCCAAAGUUUUCUUCCUUCCUCAAAGGCCAUAUAUGAUUUUGGGCACCCUCCGUCAACAACUACUCUAUCCAACAUGGGCUGACUAUGCAACCUCUGGAUCUGAUGGUGCCGAAUCAAAAAGCAUGCUUCCUUUUUUCAUGAAAUCACCAAACUAUCAAAACAAAAAUGAAGAACUUAGGUAUCCAACGUCAGAUGAGUUGACAACGGUAUUAGAGGAUGUUCACCUUGGCUAUCUGUUGGCUCGUUUCAGCUUGGAUUCCACACAUAAUUGGUCAAGCGUUCUCUCUCUUGGGGAGCAGCAGCGGCUUGCUUUUGCCCGCAUUUUGCUUUUAAAGCCUCGGUUGGUUUUAUUGGAUGAAUCCACAAGUGCACUUGAUGAACUCAAUGAGUUUCAUUUGUACCAGAAGAUUGGAGCAGCAGGUAUAACAUACAUCAGUAUUGGCCACAGACAAACAUUAUGCGGCUACCACAACAGGAUCUUACGCAUAUCCACAACGAAUAUCAACAGUAAAGAGCCAAAUUGGUGCAUUGAACCCAUUAGAUGUCUUCCAAGUGAUUCCUCAUAGCUAUGCUUGUAGCUGGCUUGAAAAUUAAUUGCCUUGUUUGGAUGCUGACUUUUCGGGCAGACAUCUGUGCUUCAAAUUCAUCGAAUUAUAAUUUGCUUGCAUAUUGAAUUUUUAUGCUGAUUUUUUGAUGCCUCCUUGCCUUCAGGUAGCUGUUAUUACAUUAAGAUUCAUAUCCAGGUCGAUUAAGAGUUGUGGGAAUCCUAAUGCAGUAAUGACAUGUUCAUAGUUGAAA